AUGAGCCCAUGUAUAGAAAAUAGGUCUUUCUGGCUUGCAUAUGUAUCUAUCUAUCCAUGGCACUUACAUGCAACUGGGCCAACAGGGAGAACAAUUUGGUGCUAAACUCUUGAAGAACAGAUGUUUUUGGAGCAGCAUUUUAACAAGGAUUUCAAAACCUAUGUGGAUCAAGCUUGCAGAGCUGCUGAAGAAUUUGUCAACAUUUAUUAUGAGACAAUGGACAAAAGAAGAAGGGUUUUGACUAGACUCUAUUUGGACAAAGCAACAUUAGUCUGGAAUGGUAAUGCAGUGUCUGGGCAAGAAGCAUUGAAUGAAUUUUUUGAAAUGUUGCCAUCUAGCGAAUUCCAGGUUAAUGUACUGGACUGCCAACCUGUUCACGAGCAAGCUACUCAAAGCCAGACGACAGUCCUCGUGGUGACAUGUGGGACAGUAAAAUUUGAUGGCAACAAGCAGCGCUACUUCAAUCAGAAUUUCUUGCUGACAGCACAGGCCACACCUACCAACACAGUGUGGAAGAUUGCGAGUGACUGUUUCCGCUUUCAGGACUGGGCCAGUUAGUGAGCGCUGGCUAUGGAAAGUGACCUCUUUCCUUUGGCAUAUUGAAGUUAGCUGUAUAGACAGUCAUUCUCCAAGCCUGGGAAAGGCUCACUCUUCCUGUUACAUCUGUCGUCAUGGAAGCUCUGCGGAUGUCUCUGCAUCGAUCCCAAUGGCCAUGGUUUUAGUAGUAAACAAUCUUAAAAUAUAAGAGGUUGCUGAUGUUAGUUGAACCUAUUGAAAUGCUGAAGGCAAUAAGCUGUGUUGGUAUCAUUCCUAAAAUGCCUUACAUGCAGCAAUGCUGCCACUUACAGACUUUUUGUAUGUAAUAUUGAAUGCUGAAACUCUACUAUUUGAACUCAUACUCCUCUUAAUUUACAAUUCUGACCAAAUGUGUAAUUGCUUCAACUUGAAAAAAUCUGUUUUUACAGUAGCAUCUUCCCUCUUUUGAAGAUGUUUAUUGACAUGUAUAUAGAAUUCUCGAAGUUACUUACUUUCAGUUGGUUGUAAGAAGCUAGGAAGGAUUGACAAUGAUUUCUGCUGUUUGUGAGAGUAGCAAAUAUAGCUCCUGGGUGUGUAAUCUCUCAAAAAAUUAUCUAUUGAAAAGCUAAUGUUACCUUCCUUGGUAUGGAAAAAUUGGAAGGAUUAAAUAUCUUCAGGUUUCCUUUUGACUUAAGCUUCUCAGAAUUUGGUUGUGGUUAAUAUACAUUGAUUCAUAGGUGAGGAAUACUGAAUGAUUCAGAGCUCUGCUAAAUGCAUGUAAAGGACUUCAAAUUGAUUAUCUUUCUUUUGAAGUCUUGCAGUUCAAGAAAUCAGUUAACAUUUCUGUCUGUUUUAACUGUUAAUUGUGUUGCUAUGAAGGAUGGACUAUUUUUUCCCAUCUUCAACCAAGUUUUAAAUUCCUGUUUUCUUUUCAGGAAACAUUGUAAUAAAAAAGUGGCACUGAAAGUGUGUUUUGCUGUGAGGCCUUCAAUUUUCUUUUCAGUAGUAGUAUUCAGAACAGGUACUUUGAUUAUUGUGAACUUGGAUGGAGAAAUGCUCUGAACACAAAUAGUAUUUUCCUCUCAUGCAGAGUUCAACUAUAGUUUUCUUUUUUUUUUUAAUAUUACCUUUAAUGAGUUUUUAAAAUCUUGCUCUAACUUUAAAGUUAAAACUCUUUAAACUGCUUUAGUUUCCAAGACUACAGGUUAGAAGAUUGCCCAUCUUAACGUGGAACUUAGAGUAAAUCUGCGUAUCAGCAUGUUUUAUUUCAAAGUGGUACGUUUCUAUUUUAAGCUGGGCAAAAAAAAUUAAAACUGAGUUAUAUAUAGAAGAUUAUACUUGCUUGUAACUGAAAAUACAUAUGAGAGGAACUUGUGUCUCUGAUCUUAAUAUUGUUGCAAUGAAAGCAGCAGCCUGAAUACACAAAGGAGUUAGGACUGCAGCUCCCUUGUUUUUAUUACUUAAAUCGGAAAACUGUGAAAAUAAACAAUAUCUCAUCUGCAUAAAACAUCUGUAGAUUAUGUGAUAUUAUCACAUAAUAUCCCACAAAUAAUGGGAUAGCAUGAUAUUUAGGUGAAAUGGGUGGUUUUAUUUCCUUUUAAGGCACUCUAGUCUUUACAUCAGUAAGUUAGAAUUAGUAACCUGACUCACCACAUAAACUGUUUUAUGUUUUGAAUAGUGCCUAAAGCUACUGUGUAACUGUUUUUCAACUUGAAGAAUAUGAAUUGUUGCAAAACAAUGUGUGAAGUCCAAAAUUCUUUGAAAAUUGUAAAUACUGUAAAUACAUUGUUAUUUCUGUAUGUGGUGAAGAAAGAAUUGGCCUAUUUAAUUGCAGUUUGUCUUAACAUAGUAUGAGAGGCUCAUGUAAUUGUGUUUGUUCUACAAGUUUGAAAAGAAAGCUUAACUUUCAAUUUGCCUGUUACUGAUACAGCACUCUUGGACUGUGUCACUGGUGUGGUAUGCUUCUUUUUAAUUUGCUGUUGCUUACAUAAGUAGUAUUACAGACCUGCUUUACACACAGGAAGUAGGUUUUGACCCUUAAAAUAUAGUAAAGGGUGCAACUGUAACAUUUGGCUGUUGAAUUUUGAAGACAGUCACCAGAACACACACGUUUACCUGUACCUGAUAAGCUUGUUAUGGGAAUAAAUAUUUAUUGGCUGUUUUGCUCUAAAUUUUAAUUUAUAUAGUGGUUAUUAAGUUUUUUCUAGCCUGAGUGGAAGGUUUAGAGUAUCUGCAGCAAUGCUGCAGUCAAAUGUUAUUCCUAUCACUUAUGUUCAUGCUAUUCAAAUACAGGCUGCUUUGCUGCUUUUAAAUCUGACUUCUGCAAUUAAUUUUUUUUUUCUUUUUAACUAGAUGAAACAUUAUUUGAAAGCUUACUAACUGGUCUGGAUGUAUAAACCCAGUGUAUACUCUUACUUCCUUUGUAAAAUGUAUAGUUGGAAUUGGACUUGAUGUGUAUGCCGGGAUUUGGGGGGGGAGGGGGACGAAUCAUUUAGAGGCUAAUUACUUCUGUCUAGGCAGAAGUGUUAGUCAUGUGCUGCCUAUUUCUCUCGUCUUGUUCUAGUGCUUCAGUGCUCCCAUAAUUAGGUGUUGCUCUUUCUAACUGAAAAUGCUGUUUCCCAAAGUGUUUUUAUGGAGCAUACCAAUGUUUAUGGAGCAUACUAAGUGAUAAUACAUCUACUAAAUUGAAUCAGUGAUUUUACAGCUGAAUAAUUGUGCAGAUAAAAGUUCUCUUCGAGACUAGCUGGAGAAGUUAGGUGUGUCGCAGCUCUGUGCUGCUCGUUACCACUUCCGAGGUGAAGUCUGCAGAAGAGAACCUGCAAAUGCUUUGUAUUUGGUUUAUUCACUGCAGAAUCAUCGAGGCUGGUUUAGCGUUCCCUGCUCCUGACUCUGCUGUAAUAUCUUAAAUUUACAUUGGCCGUUUAUAAGUUGAACAUGUUUAUUCUCUAAACUGUGACCAGGAGUUAAAACGGCCACUUUCUGCUCUUUGGUACCAAAUCACUAACAUACAGCAGAUCAGUGAAACAAAGCCAGCUGAAGAGCUAAGCACUUUCAAAUACCAACUUGUGGCUACCGAAGACUUGGUAGAUCUUCUGUUUUGUGUAUUUAUUCCCUGUAUUGUCCAUGUUAAUCACUUUUUUUAUGUUGGUUUGCUCUUCUGGAAUACUGCAGUUAGAUUGACUUAAAAUGCUUGUGCUGUUUCUUGGAGCAGAGAAGAGCAAUAUGUUCUGAUGGCGUGACUGAAUGACGCUUUUGAUAUGUGUACACUUUGAUAUCCUGUUUGGGGGGAAAACACAUUAUAAAGAAAUGCUGUUUUAUCAGUAAAGUGACUUUCCACA